GUAAAUUUAUACCCCAAGUAUAUGGGAUCUCUUCCAGUUGCUAUAUAAAGUAAUCAAGAUCAUACGUUGUAAGAUCAAACACUAAUUAAACCCAACAAUGGAUCAAUACAAAGGUUCAGAUGUAGACAAGUACAGAUCUUUCAUGAGUGGAGAAGGUGAGAAGAACACCACAUGGAAGUAUGGUGCACCACCUAACUAUGAUGCAGUCAAUAAACUCUUUGAAGAAGGCAGAACCAAGAUAUGGCCAACAGGUUCACUAGGAGAGCAAGUUCAGAAUCUUGUGAAAACAUGGGAAAUGGAGAUGUUCAACAAAGUGAAUCCCCAAGAUUACAAGUCUGUUGAUGUCACAAAGCUCACAAUUUCUGUUAACGGCAGGAAACCCUUGAAAUUGGAAGAUGUAGCUAAGAUAGGUGGAGGAUACAAUAUGUUUUUACAAACUUCGUUGCCAGAAGAUCUACGACUGUAUAAUCCUAGUGAUGAAACUGUGGAUACGGCUCAGAAAAUCUUCACAACCACAUUUACUCGUGGUUUUGUAUUGGAGGUUCUUGAGGUUUACUCGGGUCCUCCAGUGAUUGCAUAUAAGUUCAGGCAUUGGGGUUACAUGGAAGGUCCAUUCAAAGGUCUACAGCCUACAGGAGAAAUUGUUGAAAUGAUUGGUGUCUCCACAUUCGAGUUGGAUGAACAAUUCAAGAUCGUGAAGAUUCAGUUUUUCUACGAUAGAGGAGAGUUUCUUGCGGCUUUGAUCAAGGGUGGGAGUGCGGUGACCACCACCCAAGAUUCCACCAUUGGUGUAGGCUCUUCAAGAUGCCCUUUUUCUUAAUAAAUGAAGCAUGCAUGGUUUCAUCUGCUACCACACCAUUAUUAAUGAACAUGCAUGCUUUUAUAAUAGCUAGAUGUUGAACUUGGAAUAAACAAUUUUUUUGUUUUGUUUUGUCAUUACAAGAACAGAUACCUUUAAUAAUCUUAAUGUUGUGAUUUUUAGUUUUUGGUAAUCAUUUAUUUUUAGUAUGUUGGGAACCUUCAAAUGUUCGUGGUUGUAAACAAUAAUAAAAAUUCCUUUUUUUCAAUCUA